CGGCACGCGCGUACUUAUUCUUCUCCCCCGCCCUAGUUCUCUCCCUCUCUUCUCCUCCACACACCAAGCCUGCCCCGCCGAUCGAGCACGUCAUCAUUCGCUCGCCCAGCUCGCGGGAGGAGCAGGAGCUAGGAAGAAGCAAACAAGCAGGCCGGGGGCCGGGGGGAGAGACAGAGUUCACAAACCACACAGGGAAGAGUGGUGGAAGGAGGAGGAAGAGGGGUACGUCAAGAGAGCGAGUUCAUUAUUCAUACGUGCGGCGGCGACAUCGUCGCGCGCACGCAGGAUGUCGGCAGCGUCGAGCGCCACGUGCCGCGUAUGCGGUGGCGCAGGGGAGUGCGCGUGCCGCCACGGCCACGGGAUCGGCGGCGCGCGGUGCGGCGGGGUCGUCGCUGUCGCCGACCUCAACCGCGGGUUUCCUGCGUUGUGGCACCAGCCGGAGGAGGAACCCAGUGGCGCUGGCGCGGCGCCGGGGCUGCACGAGUUCCAGUUCUUCGGCCACGACGAGGACCACGACAGCGUCACGUGGCUGUUCACCGACCCGUCUCCCCACCUGCACCGCGGGCCGGCGGCCGCCGAGGUCGGGAACGGGGUGGCCGAGGCUGAGCAGCGGAGGCCGCCGCCGGUGUUCGACGGCGGGUACGCGCACGCACAGUACGGGGAGCUGCCGGGUCACGGCCUCACGUUCGACGUGCCGCUGAGCGGCCGACGCGGCGGCGAGGUGGCCUCCGUGGCGCCGGUUCUGGAGGCAGGGCUGGGGCUAGGCGGUGGCGGUGGCGGCGAUCUGGCCACGUCCUCCAGCGCCACAAUCAUGUCCUUCUGCGGGACCACGUUCACAGACGCGGCGAGCGCCGUCCCGGGCGACGCGGCCGCAGCGGCGCCCAACGGCAGCGCAAGCGGUGCCGCCGACCCGGCAGUGGACCGGGAGGCGAAGGUGAUGCGGUACAAGGAGAAGCGGAAGAGGAGGCGCUACGAGAAGCAGAUUCGGUACGCCUCCCGCAAGGCCUAUGCAGAGAUGCGGCCGCGCGUCAAGGGCCGCUUCGCCAAGGUGCCCGACGGUGAGGCUCCGUCGCCACCGGCGCCGGCCGCAGCAUGCUACGAACCAGGCCGGCUCGACCUCGGAUGGUUCCGUUCAUAGCAAAGAGGCCACUGGUUAAAUUCUUUUUUUUAGAGUGUGUAACGUACAGAUAAACUACAAGCUUGAUAGGGUGUUUGAUUUGAGGAAUAAAUUAAUUUAUUAUCUUCUCAUUUCU